UUGACAUUUUGAAUACAUAUAUAUAUAAGUUUACAUUUUUGUGUAUUGCACAAAUUGUAAUAUUUUGGAAGGAUAUAUAAUUACACAUGGCUUCUACAUCUGCUUCAAUACAAGAACGUUUACAACUUAAGCGUGUUCCUUUAGAUGAUUGGUCAAUCAAAGAAAAAUUAGGCUUAGCUAGUGCCGUGUUAUGUAGCGGCGAUCAAAACUGGAUGUCCGUUAGUCGUUCCCUGAAAAGCUUGGGAGAUGCAUCUCGGCCAGCAGAUUGGUUCUCACAGAAGUCUUGUGCGGCUCAGUACGGAAAGCUCUUAGAAAAUGUGGAAACACCGAAACGUAAAAAGCGUACAUUGUCUGAGAGGGAUAGCAGUACCCCAGUAGAAACACCCGGGGAGUCUAUUGUGCGAAAAUUGACACAAGAAAGAAUCGUGGAAUUGCAAGAAAUAAUGUUGGAAGAACAAAAACAGUUCCAAAAAUUACGAGACGAAAUAAUAUUGUUACAAAGUCCACAUGUAAGUGAUGAUCAAAUUCGUGGAAUGGCUGCUCAAAUCGAAGACGAAAAGAAACAACAGGAAGUAGAAAAGGCUAAUCAUGCAGAAUUUUUGCGAAAGCGAGAACAAAGGAAAAUUGAAAUCGAGCGUGCUUGGCGCCCUGGAAUCAUGUUAAAAAACGCAACUCUACUUAACAAACAUCAAAAGCAAAGGAAUGAUGAAUCAAUUGAGUCAGAUGAAAGCUACUCACGAAAUUCAACUGGACAGUCACCACUAUUAACAUCCUUACUUAAGUCUUCUUCGUCGACCUCUAAUGUAAAUGCUUCACAUCCAAAUUUAAUGCACACAAAUACAGAAACAACAAAUAGCAACACACCUGAAUCCUAUGUUUCAGCAUCACAGUUAACUGUUACGCAAUCUACUCUUUCAAUGUUGCUUGAUAACAAUAAAGUUGUUGAAAAUAAUUCAACAGACGGUCACCAAACUCAAAAUUUACAGCAAUCUGAUGAUCAUCACCAUCGUCUUGAAAUUUUUCCAGAACACAUGUCAAGCGUUGAAAGUACUGACAAUGUAAAUGAUACAAAAGACGAUGAACAAUUAAUGGAAGUAUUUAAAGGCCUCAUUCCUGAUAACAUCGAUGAGCUUGCAGAUAUUCUGACUGAAAAUAAUACUCUUUUAAACCCUGAGCUCUUAGAAGAAGAAGAAAUACUUAAUGAGGUGAUGGAACAAGCAGAAGCCCAACAAAACCAACAAACUAGUAAAUUGGAUACUUUCGAUCAACUCAAGCAUGAAACAUUAAUGGAAGAACAAAAUAAAAAAGAUGCAGCAACAUUAAAAACAUUAAUGGGAGAACAACACAAAAAAGAUAGCGCAGAAUUGAACCCUUUAACUACAGAUAUUAUAAGUAUAUCACCGGAAGAUUCAAACAUGGAAGAUGAUUUACCUUUGAAAGUUAUUCAAAAAGAUAUGCAGGAUGCAAAAAAAGCUCAAAGUCAUACUCAUCAGAAUGUUUCAAAAGAAAACAGCAACGAUAAAAAUGAAGCAAAUACUGGAGAGAAUUCUAUUUUAGACAUUAAUUACUCAACAAACCACCAAACAAAUGAUAAAAAUUUGUUGAAUAGAAAGACAACUGAACUUGUAAACAACUCUGAAAAUAAUGAAAUUGAAAAAAAUGAUUGUUUCAUAAAAACAGAAACAGAAGAAAAAAUGGAUUUAGAAUUUGAAGACAAACCACUUCCUAGGACGAUUCCUAUAAUUAAAACAGAGUUAGAAGAUUCAUCAGUUGAUGAAAUGUUGACAUUAAAUUUAAAAACAUCUGAUAAAAAGGUCUCAUCGGAAGACGAAGAGAUCUUUGAAGACGCUAAGGAAAUGGUUACCUCAGAAACUUCUAAUAGAGCUCUAAAUACUGACACGGAUGAGGAAACAGAUAUUUUAGAGAAAGACGAUAAUAGAACUCGAGCACGUCGUGAUUAUUCACGAAAGCGACAAGAACCAGGAACACCAAUAAAAUUUGAAAGAUCUGCCAAACAAGAAUCAGACCGUUCAGACAGCCCGUUAGUGAUAGAUGAUGAUUCAGACAAUGCUCCCCGCACUAGGCGCAGAUAUUCAACACCAGUGAGCGACUCACCAAUUCCAGGAUCCCCAUCAUCCAUUGUAGAAGAUAAAGAACAAAAAGUUUGGCGAAAAUUAAUCCUUCUGGCUUAUGGAAGAAUUAGUUCCCAUAAAAAUGCAGCAGUGUUUAGCUUCUUAUCAACAAAAGACUCGCAAGAAAAAAGGUACAAGGAUCUAAUUAUACGACCGAUGGAUAUGUCAACAAUCAAGAAACAUAUCGAAUCUGGUAUAAUAAAGACAACGAAUGAAUUUCAACGUGACAUAAUGCUUAUGUGUACCAAUAUAAUGCUGAUUACUGCACCAAAUUCCACUAUGAACCAACAGGCGAAAGAAAUGAUGGCAGAAAGUAUUUCAAUUAUCAAAAUUACCAUGGAUGGAUGGAGAGAUAAAGAAAUAAUCGAAAAAAACAGUGUAAGCUCUUCUUCUGUUAACAAACGUGGUAACAGAAAAAGUCUUAGAGGAACUUAAAUAAAGCAUUUUCUUUUAUUCAUGACA